UCCCCUGGCCCUGACUACCGGAGCCUCCAACUUCCACCAAAGCCCCUGGCCUUUCAAUUAACCUCCCUCGAUCAAAACCAGCGCUUCUUCUCGGUCCUCCGAGGCGAACCAUUGUCUGGCGUGAUGGGUUUGCAGAUUUGACAGCUGGGCUCACACAGACUUGGUGCAAACUCCGUUUACCCGAGAGACGAACUUGGGCAUCAGCACAGAUCCCAAAGACUGGCCCCCACCUCCGCGGGCUGUCCUCCGCCCGGGGUCUCCGGACCCCGUAAGACCCCCGACGCUGGGGAAGGGGAGCCAGUGUCCGGAGCGGGGCACCGGGCACCGCAGCGCCACCAAGAAGGAGCCUCCCCCUAGGCUGAGGUUGGGUCGGACCUGAACCCCUAAAAGCGGAACCACCUCCUGCCCUCGCUCCCGCCGCCCGCAGCUGAGUCGCUGGCGGCGGUGGCGGCUGACGGAGCGGGAGUUUCCUCUCGCGCUGGAUGGAGCUGAACUUUGGGUGGCCCGAGGAGCGCAACCGUCCGGGGAUCGCUGCGUGCUGAGCGCCCUCGGAGAGACUCAGCGGCGGCUGGAGAUAUUUUUGGGGGGCGGGGACCAGCUGCGCGCCGGCACCAUGUUCCUGGCGACCCUCUACUUCGCCUUGCCGCUCCUGGACUUGCUCCUGUCCGCGGAAGUGAGCGGCGGGGACCGCCUGGACUGCGUGAAAGCCAGCGAUCAGUGCCUCAAGGAGCAGAGCUGCAGCAGCAAGUACCGCACGCUGAGGCAGUGCGUGGCGGGCAAGGAGACCAACUUCAGCCUGGCGUCGGGUCUCGAGGCCAAGGACGAGUGCCGCAGCGCCAUGGAGGCCCUGAAGCAGAAGUCGCUGUACAACUGCCGCUGCAAGCGGGGCAUGAAGAAGGAGAAGAACUGCCUGCGCAUCUACUGGAGCAUGUACCAGAGCCUGCAGGGAAACGAUCUGCUUGAAGAUUCCCCGUAUGAACCAGUUAACAGCAGAUUGUCAGAUAUAUUCCGGGUGGUUCCUUUCAUAUCAGAUGUCUUUCAGCAAGUGGAACAUGUGCCCAAAGGAAACAACUGCCUGGAUGCAGCCAAGGCCUGCAACCUUGAUGACACCUGCAAGAAGUACAGGUCGGCGUACAUCACCCCGUGUACCACCAGCAUGUCCAACGAAGUGUGCAACCGCCGCAAGUGCCACAAGGCCCUGCGUCAGUUCUUCGACAAGGUCCCCGCCAAGCACAGCUACGGGAUGCUCUUCUGCUCCUGCCGCGACAUCGCCUGCACCGAGCGGAGGCGGCAGACCAUCGUGCCCGUGUGCUCCUAUGAGGAGAGGGAGAAGCCCAACUGCUUGGAUCUGCAGGAUUCCUGCAAGACGAAUUACAUCUGCAGGUCUCGCCUUGCAGAUUUUUUUACCAACUGCCAGCCGGAGUCAAGGUCUGUUAGCAGCUGUCUGAAGGAGAACUAUGCCGACUGCCUCCUCGCCUACUCGGGGCUCAUUGGCACAGUCAUGACCCCUAACUACAUCGACUCCAGCAGCCUCAGCGUGGCCCCGUGGUGUGACUGCAGCAACAGCGGGAACGGCCUGGAAGAGUGCUGGAAGUUUUUGAAUUUCUUCAAGGACAAUACGUGCCUCAAAAAUGCAAUUCAAGCCUUUGGCAAUGGCUCUGAUGUGACUGUGUGGCAGCCAGCUCUCCCAGGACAGACCACCACGGCCACCACCACCACAGCCUUCAGAGUCAAGAGCAAGUCCCUGGGGCCAGCGGGGUCUGAGAACGAAAUCCCCACUCAUGUCUUACCACCUUGUGCGAACUUGCAGGCACAGAAGUUGAAAUCCAAUGUGUCAGGCAGCACCCACCUCUGCCUCUCUGAUCGCGAUUACGAAAAGGAUGGUCUCGCUGGUGCUUCCAGCCACAUAACCACAAAAUCAAUGGCUGCUCCUCCAGGCUGCGGUCUGAGCCCACUUCUGGCCCUGGUGGUAACUGCUCUGUCCACUCUGUUAUCUCUAUCUUUGGCAGAAACAUCGUAGCUGCAUUUAAAGAAAACAACAUGGACAUGUAAAAAGACAAAAAAUCGAGUUAUCUGUUUCCUGUUCUCUUGUACACCUCAAGUUCCGGUUUUAGGAGCCCAGUUGAGAAACAGUUCCAUCCGACUGGAGCUUUAUUUUAUUUUAUUUUUUUUCUUUCAAGAAAGCUUCUUGUGAUCUUUCAGGGCUUCUGUUGGAGAACCUGAGGCAGUGCUACAUUCCCAGCGGAGAAGGCUCUGGGGCACACUGUGUUGCCGAAGGACAGUGUGUAAAUCUGAUUGUAGAGCAAUCUGGGGCCAUGGUUUCCACGGCGGUGGUGGUGAUGGUGAUGUUCACGGUUUUGACUCUGACCAGCUGGAGAAGGAUUUGCCACUUCAAAAGAUCUGUAUCCAUGCAAUGGCUUUGAGUUCUAAUGACAUAAACUGCAACCUAACAUAGAUGACAAGCCUUUUUUUUUUUUUUUUUUUUUUUUUUGUGCUACAAAGCGCAGAUUCUCAUGAAGAGUGAGCUUUGUGGAAACAAGCUUGUGCCAAUGUUCACCUUUUUAUAUGUGCUAGCAUUUUCCAUGCUAACGUUUAUAUACUGUAAACAGUUCUGUAUUUGCCUGCAAAACAAAAAAGCGCCUGCCACAUCCAAAUGUAGUAUUGUCUCUUAGUCAACAGAACGUGGGCGCGACACUUCACAGUACCUGGAUCAUGGAUCUCCUAAGCCUUACCUGAGUGUGAAGCCCUUAAGUAGCAGGUGUCAAACGUAGCCGAAGCAUCGCUCUAGAAUUCUUUACAUUUAUGAGGUUAUAUGUAGACAAAACAGUUUUACUACUAAGUGAUUUCAACUCUCGGCUUUCUAUAUUUUGAAAGUAAUGAUACGGUCUUUGUUUUUUUUUUACUGAUGGUUUAAUACAAAAUAUGUGGAACUUGUUUUCCUCUCCUAAGUUAGCUCCAGUACUCACUUGACAACUACAACUCUUCAAGAGCAGACUUGGAGGGACCUCGUGGUCCAGAAGGAAGCUCUGUUGCAGCCUCACAGGGGGCAGGAGGAAGCAGCGCAUCCCAGCGUUGUGUCCUGAAACACAAGGGUGCCCGCCUGUGAGCAGCCACGGCGCUGGCAAACGUUCUGCCAUGUCUGAUGGCAGCCUUGCAUGGACACAACCCAGAAGCUUGGUAUCACCUGCCACAGGCCGCUUUGAUUGGGAUGGGGCCAAGGACAUGCUGCCCUCUGAGAGCAGAUCCUGGCUCGAGGACACGGUUGUUUCCCGAAGGAUCGUCUUUAAACCUGACCGUGACGUCUUGGCCGCAGUUGCAUCUGGAGGGCCCGAGGGAACGCUUGCAUCUUGUUUCUGUCCUCCGUGGCAGGUGGUGACCGACUACGCAAAAACGAGAGAAAGGAGGUUUAUGAAUCAAGAGCAUCAACAUGAGGCUUGGGGCACAGAGUUGGUUGGCACAGCGAAGCAGAACAGGACUCUGGGGAUAAGGCAACCGGCUCUGACACCCGCAUAUCGUUCGUUGUUCUCUUCCUUGAAAGAACAGACCCUAAAGUGCACUUUGGAUGCCUGGUUUUAGAUGGUGACACUCAGAAUCAGCAGUACACCAGUACUGGUGGCGCGCUCUCCCACACAGACAAGAGAAGACAGGGUUCUCUGUAGCCGCGUGCUGGGGAGGGGCUGGAGGAGCAACCCCACAGCGCGCAGGUCUUAGCAUUGCCCUUUGCCCACUGAAGUUUGCCUUGAAAGAUUCAUCACACUACUGGGGGGAGGGAAUCUAUGAAAUCCCAGGUAAAGGCAUAGUCUUAUAGCUCUCUUGGUGUUUGAAGUACAUUUAUAGCCAAAUGUUAAUAAACACAAAUGUAUAAUACUCACCACCAACUUUUUUCACUUCCAAAUGUUUUCAAGGGAAAUUCAUGAAACACCCAACUGUAUUUGAGUAGCAAGAUUCCAUAAAGACUCUGAAUAAACACAUUAAAUGUGUCAAAAUA